AUGUAUAUAGAUAUGCACAUUAAGUUUUCUUCGAAGAAGACCAUAAAAGAAUUGUUGUUCAAAGCGAUAAGUUCAGGAUAUAGUAUAGUGGCAAUUGGCAUACCAUAUGAGCAUAUAUGUAAUUAUAAUUUAAAUGAAAAAUGGAAAGUAAUAAAUAUAUUUAUUCCUAAUAAUUCUAGUAAUAUUAUUAACAAGUUAGAGAGUGAUAAUAAUAAUGGAUGUACAAAUUAUUUUAUCAACAAAAUAAAUUAUGAAGACAGAUCGAAUGAAUAUUUAUUAAAAUUAAAUAACCAAAUUGACAAUAAUUAUAUUUUAAUAAAUAAAAAUAAUACAUUAUCAAUUAAAAAUAUAUGUGAUGAUUUUAUAUUAAAUUAUAAACAUGAAAUAGAAGAAGAAGAAAUAAAAAAAUUGCAUAAUUGGCUAGUCCCUAAAUUUAUAACUACUGAAAAUAGUGACAAUAAAAAGGGUAUUAAAAUUGUUGGACAGGAAAAUAAUUAUAUUGAGACUAGUUGUAAUUCAAAUGAUAUUCAAAAUGAAAGCUCUUUUUUUUUACAAACUAAUACAGACACAUAUAUACUAAAAAGAUUAAAUAUAAAAUAUGAAGAUGUUGAACAAAUUGAAAAUUAUCAAAAAUUUUUAAAGGAAAAUAAAUUUGAUUUAAUAUCAAUUGAAGUAGCAAGUCCUGAAAAUAUAAAUGUAAUAGCUAUUAAAUAUGAUUGUGAUAUUAUUUAUUUUGAUUUAAAAAAUUCAUUUACUUCUUUAAAAAAAUCAGAUAUACAAUAUGCUAUAGACAAAGGAUUUUUUUUUGAAAUAUCAUCACCUAAUAUAUUAACUACAAGUACAGAAUAUUUUUAUUAUUCUUCAAGUUUAAAUAAUAUUAUUUCCGUUAUACCAUUAGAUAGACUUAUUAUUAGUUCAGGUAGUAUGAAGCAUAGUGAAAUAUUAGAGCCACUCCAUUUAUUGAGAUUAUAUUUUAAUUUUAAUACCUUUUCAUAUAAGAAUUUAAUUGGAUGUAUCACAACUGUACCUCUUGCUUGCAUUCAAAGAGCAUCUGUUCGAAAGUCCAUGAAUACAGCUAUAUUCUACAAAACAGGACCAUGA